AUGAUUGUGAACUUCAGGAGAGCACGGAGCGAUCACUGUCUACUGAAUAUCAAUGGAUCCUCUGUGGAGGUCGUCAAGAGCACCAAAUUCCUUGGUAUUCACCUGGCAGAGAACCUCUCCUGGUCUCUCAACACCAGCUCCUUAACCAGGAAAGCACAGCAGCAUCUCUACUUUCUGCGAAAGCUGAGGAAAGCCCAUCUCCCACCACCCAUUCUCACCACCUUCUACAGAGGGACUAUCAAGAGUAUCAUGAACAGCUGCAUAUACACCUAUCACACCCGCUGCAUCCACAAAGCCACCAGCAUUGUGGACCCCACACACUCUUCACCCACCUGCCUUCUGGCAAGAGUGGAUUGGCGAGCUGAGACUGACUGCAAGAAGGAGGUGGCCAGCAGCGUCUAUGAAUCCAGUGAGCAGUUUGUUGAAAGUGGCCAGAGUGGGGUGGACAUCAGCUGGAAAGUGGGACUGGAUCUCAUCAUCCCUCGAUCAGGAUCUCUCAUGGUAGGAGGUACCCACUCAAAACAGGCCAGUAAAGCUAUGGAGAUGUCCAAGAAGGACAAGUACAGCUUCAUUAAACAGGAGUUCCACUGCAGCUACUACAGGUACCGAGUGGAGAACAGCCCGCCCCUCCAUACGGAGUUUGCACGCAACUUUGAGCUCCUCCCCCCUCAGUAUAACAGUGUCACCAAGAAAGACUACCGCCGCCUACUGGACAUCUACGGGACUCACUUCAUCAGGAAGGUGCAGCUGGGCGGCCGCAUGAGCAGCACCACCGCAUUCCGGUUCUGCCAGGCGGCGCUAAACGGCUACACUGAGACUGAGGUGAAAGACUGCCUGGAGGUGGAGGCCUCCCUGUCCAUAAAGUCUGAUUCUGUUAAAGCUAAGGCUGACUUCUGCGAGCGUGACAAGAAAAAACACAAUAACAAGAACAGCUUCCACAGCCAGUUCACAGAAAGGAUCACUGAAGUAAAGGGAGGUCAGCACAUGGUUUCUGACCUGCUGUUUUCAGACAAGCCUGAAGCCAUGCAGAAGUGGCUGGACAGCCUGAAGACCACACCAGGAAUCAUCACCUACUCUCUCCACCCCCUGCAUUAUCUGGUGCAGAAGCCAGAGGCCAAAAAGGCGGCGCUGAAGAAGGCGGUGGAGGACUACAUCCUGGAGAAGGCCCUAUACAAGCACUGCUCCAAGAAAUGCUCAGGAGGUUCGACACCCAGCAAACAUGACCCCUGCCGCUGUGUCUGUGUGGCCAGCAAAGAAACUGACUGCAACUGCUGUCCAACUAUGCCGGGCCUGGCCCAAGUGACGGUUACGGUGAAGUGGGCCCGGGGCUUGUGGGGAGACUACAAUGGUGAGACCGACAGCUUUGUCUACAUUGCUCUGGCCAGCAAAAAUACCCAGACCAGGGUGAUCCACAACAACAAUAACCCGAUCUGGAACAGCAAGUUCUCAUUUGGUACCAUUCAGCUCUCGUCUGACACAAAGAUGAGGCUGGAAGUGUGGGACGAAGACAAGAUAUGGUACAAACAGUGGAACGACAAGCUGGGAGAGUGCACAAUCAAUCCUGUUAGUGGCUUCCAUGAUGAAAUCUGUCCGCUGAACCAUGGCAACCUCUACUACUCCUAUAAGGUGGAGUGUGCUCCUGGGCUCACGGGAAAGUAUUGCAGAGACUACGCCCCUGCUCCUAUGAACCCCAGACUGGCCGACCUUUACACCUCCCGGAAUGCCUUCAACGUCACGCCCAUUCUCUUGGAGCACCUCAGAAGGGGGCAGUCCAUCGAGGAUCCCCUGCCGUUUCUGUUAUCCCACAGGAGUGAUAAUUAGAUGCUGGGCUCCUCAGGUGGCGAUACUCCUCAUGCUCCUGCUGAGCCGUAAGGGAGGAAGAGAUGAACGCCACAAUGAAGAUGUAGUAGCUGCUUUAGCUCUCCCCUUUCUGCCGCUGUCCAUGCAGCCAAUCCACUUAGCUUAUCCAGGUUGUAUUCCUGAGAAGCAUGCAUUUCUAUUGCAAUAAAAUCAACUGCAACUUUUCUAACUAAUAACUGUGUUGCCUUUUUAAUUACCAUCAUCCUCCUCUCUAAAUGGAGAAUAGCUUUAUUCUUCAUUCUUGAUUGAGUAGCACAGGCUUGUGGGAGUAUUACGCAAAAAUGUUUUGAGGGCAGAACAAGAAAUGAUUGGUUCACAGAGAUAUCCAAUCAGAUCUUGGUCAGAUGUCAGACCAACCAAUCAGAUAUCUUGUUCCAACCUCCUCUAGUUCCUGGACCUCCUUCUUCUACUAUCUAAUUGGUUAUCCCUCUGAACCAAUAAUUUUUCGUUCUACUCCCAAAAAAAAAAUUGCUUUUUGUGCAAUAAAACCCCCAUUCAUGUGGCACAGCCCCCAACAUGCCAUUUAUGCCACACCAUCUUGUACCACCAUGGAUUGCUGAUAAAAAUGUAAAUUCUUAAGAUUUGGUUACUUACUCAGAGGCAGGGGCGCCGUAAGGGGGAGGAAAGCUAGGACG